UCUCCCCUCUCUCUCACAGAACUCAUCUUCACCUCUCUUUCCUCGCCCAUCAGUAUCACUUUUUCACUCUCUCAGUGUCGACUCCACUGCAUAUUCGCACACACUCCCACUCUCUCUAAAGUCUAAAAUCCUCCAUGACCAACCAAACCCUCCUACAAAAACCCAUUUCCCCUCUCUAAUCAUAACUACAGUCUGUGAAGAGUGAGAGAAAUUAAUUUCUUUUAAAACAAAUCCCAAAAUCGGCUAAUUAUGUUGCCGUACGAUUCCGAUUCGUCAGCCGGCAACGCUCCCAGCUCAUCCUCCUCCAUCACCAAAACGCCGGCCGAGAUUGAUGGCUUACUCGCCGGAGCCGGGUACAAAGUGCGAUCUUCGGAGCUUCGGCAUGUGGCUCAACGCCUUGAACGCUUAGAAACUGCCAUGCUUAACUCGCCUUCUCAACAUCUUUCCCUUCUUGCCUCAGACGCCGUCCAUUAUAACCCCUCUGAUCUCUCCUCGUGGGUCGAUUCGCUCCUCUCCGAGCUUAACCAAUCUCAGCCUCUGCCUUCUCUCCCCUCCGAUCUGUCGGAUCUCAUUCCCAAUUCAACGGCUCUCGAUAAUUCUUGGGGGAUUGAACACUCUGCGGCGGCCCAGCAAAACCAGUGUAUAUCUCAGCAGCAACAACUUCAACAACAGAAUCAGUUGAGGGUCGUCACUGCUCUGGAGGAAGAUACAGCGAUAAGGCUCGUCCACAUGUUGAUGACGUGUGCAGAGUACAUCCAACGUGGCGAGCUUGCAUUUGCCGGCUCUUUGAUCGAGGAUAUGCAGGGAUUAUUAACGCGUGUUAACACCGGCUGUGGAAUCGGUAAAGUGGCCGGUUGCUUCAUUGAUGCUUUGAGCCGCCGUAUUUUUGGUCCGAUCGGUUCUGUUGGUGGUGUUGGUUCUGGCUACGCUUACGAAAAUGAGCUUUUGUACCAUCACUUUUACGAGGCUUGUCCGUAUUUGAAAUUCGCUCAUUUCACUGCCAAUCAAGCGAUUCUGGAGGCUUUUGACGGUCAUGAUUGCGUGCACGUAGUAGAUUUUAAUUUGAUGCAUGGACUGCAGUGGCCGGCGCUGAUACAGGCUUUGGCUUUGCGUCCCGGUGGACCCCCUUUGCUUAGGUUAACUGGCAUUGGUCCCCCAUCACCUGACGGCCGAGACUCGCUUCGAGAAAUCGGGUUGCGACUCGCCGAGUUAGCUAGGUCGGUACACGUCCGAUUCGCUUUCCGAGGGGUAGCAGCUUCGCGGCUGGAGGAUGUGAAGCCAUGGAUGUUGCAGGUCAAUCCCAAGGAAGCCGUCGCGGUCAAUUCAAUCAUGCAACUACAUAAAUUGCUAGGAUCCGACCCGCCUAGAAACUCAGCAAUCGAUAUGGUUCUGAAUUGGAUCCGGAACUUGAAUCCAAAAAUCAUGACGGUUGUUGAGCAAGAAGCAUAUCAUAACCAACCUGGGUUUUUGGACCGGUUCACAGAAGCCUUAUAUUACUACUCAACAAUGUUCGAUUCGCUCGAAGCUUGCGCGCUUCAGCCAGAGAAAAUCCUAGCUGAAAUGUACAUACAGAGAGAGAUAUGCAACGUGGUAAGCUGUGAGGGAUCAGCUCGGCUAGAACGGCAUGAGCCAUUGGCAAAAUGGAGAUCGCGGCUCACAGCAGCUGGGUUUAGGCCAUUGCAUUUGGGUUCAAAUGCGUUCAAACAAGCGAGUAUGUUAUUGACUCUGUUCUCAUCGGAAGGGUACUGUGUGGAGGAAAACGAAGGUUGCUUGACUCUCGGCUGGCACAGCCGACCUCUUAUUGCAGCUUCGGCUUGGGAAGCUGUGGCUGAUGGCGGCGGCUCAGGUUCCCCUCUUGGGAUAAUCAGUAAUAAUGGUGUCGCGCUGUAAAUUUUUUUUUCUUUUCAAUAUAUGUAGGUUAAUUUUUGGGGUUAAUUAAUCAAAACAUCUUCUUGCUUGCUUGUACUGCUGCGACGGCAACCCUUUUUUUAUUUUAAUUGCUUAAAAUGAUAUUUAAUUA